CUGCAGCUCUGAAACUAGAGGAACGGAAAGCCAUAAUAUUUUCAUCUUCCUCCUCUCUUCUCUCUCUCCCUUCAUUUGUGCUGCAAUCACCACAAGUGAGGUUCUUCAUGUUUGAAUUAUCUUGUAUUCUAUCUGGGUUUUACCUGUACCUUUGAUGUCUGGUAGCUGAGAGAAUGUAAGAAAAGCUUACCUUUGAUCUACCCAUUGGAAAUAAAAAGAAGAAAAAGACUUUGGAUCUGUUUCUGGCCUCUUGGUGCUUAAGACCAAAAGAAUGCUUCUGCGUGCAAAAGGACACUUCAAGGUGGAAAUAUAGCAAAACCCAGGUUCAAUUCCAUUGGAAAGUUAUAAAGGGCAAGGAUUUUGAUUGGUUGGUGAUACUGGUCAACAUAAAAAGCUGGUGAUGACUUGUUUCUCUUUCUUUUUUAGGAAGAAGGCAGCUUCCUCAGUUACAAGGACUGUUGAACUUGAUGAAGUGGUUUCAGGCAUUUUAAAUGUUACUGUGUACACUUACAAGGAACUGCGAAUUGCCACUGAGAACUUCAGUGAAGAAAAUAAAAUUGGUCAGGGAGGCUUUGGCUCCGUGUACAAGGGAACACUUAAGAAUGGCACUUUGGCAGCUAUAAAGGUAUUGUCAGCAGAGUCUAGGCAAGGGUCCCGGGAAUUUUUGACAGAAAUCGAGGUGAUUGCAAACAUUGAGCAUGAUAACCUGGUUAAGCUAUAUGGUUGCUGUGCAGAAGGCAAUCAUAGGAUAUUGGUUUACGGCUAUCUCGAGAAUAAUAGCCUUGCACAAACACUUCUUGGUGGAGGCCACAGUAGUGUCCAGUUUAGUUGGUCGGCAAGGUGUAAAAUAUGCAUUGGUGUUGCAAGGGGGCUUGCUUUUCUCCAUGAGGAAGUUCAGCCCCAUAUUAUUCACAGAGACAUUAAAGCUAGCAAUAUUCUCCUUGAUAAAGACCUCUCACCAAAAAUUUCAGAUUUCGGUCUGGCAAAGUUUAUUGCACCCAACUUAACUCAUGUUAGCACUCGUGUUGCUGGAACAGCAGGUUACUUGGCACCUGAGUACGCCAUACGAGGUCAAGUGACAAGGAAAGCAGACGUCUACAGUUUUGGUGUUCUGACCUUGGAAAUUAUUUGUGGGAGGUGCAACACAAACAGACGAUUACCAUUAAAAGAACAAUAUCUUCUUCCAUUGGUAUGGGAGCACCAUGAGAGGGAGCAACUGGUGGAGUUAGUAGACACAGCAUUGAAUGGAAUAUUCAAUGUUGAGGAGGCUUGCAGAUUCCUAAAGAUUGGUCUUCUCUGCACUCAAGACAUGCCCAAGCUCCGACCAUCCAUGUCUACUGUUGUUGAGAUGCUGACAGGUGAAAGAGAUGUGAAUGAGGAGAAGAUAUCCAAACCAGGACUGCUUUCUGAAUUCAUGGAUCAGACAGAAGGCCACAGAGAUAAGGCCAAUGCAAGACCUUCAUCUGACACAGUAUCUGCCUCAGGGAGGUUUAUCAAUACAUCAUCUUCAUCAGAAAACAUAGCUACUUCAUUUGCUACUAUGACCUUCAAUUCUAUAUAUGACCGAAGCAAUUAGGGCAGGCAGAAUCUCUUUUUGGUUAUUGUCUGGUUUGGCCAAGCAGUCAGCAUAUUAAUUCUUCUAGGUUAAUAUCAUUUUUUGCUUGGGUAUGUCUUGAGUGCAUUGGCACACCUGUUAGGGGAACAAGUAGUAAUAUGCUAUGAAAGAAUACUUUUGUAGGGCUACAGUCGGUGUAAAUGUUUAUAAUCAAUUAACUUUUUCUUUU